ACUAAAAUGCGAGAACUGAACGCGACCGCAUGCGCUGCUUUGUACGAGCGCGUCGAGUGGUCCGGCACGUGGAACCUGAUUACCCUGAUCGUGCUCGCGAUCGUGAACGUGAUGGUGGUGCUCGGGAACGUGCUGGUGAUACUUGCGGUCUACCACACCAGCAAACUGCAAAACGUGACGAACACGUUCAUCGUUAGCCUGGCCGUUGCCGAUCUGAUGGUCGGGCUGGCCGUUCUGCCGUUCAGCGCCACGUGGGAGGUCUUCAAGGUCUGGAUAUUCGGUGAUCUAUGGUGUUCCAUCUGGCUGGCAGUGGACGUGUGGAUGUGCACAGCGUCGAUAUUGAAUUUGUGCGCCAUCAGUCUGGACAGAUACUUAGCGGUGACCAGACCAGUCAGUUAUCCUCAGAUCAUGUCGCCGAAGAGGGCCAGACUCCUGGUCGCCACCGUCUGGAUUUUGAGUUUCGUUAUCUGCUUCCCGCCCCUAGUCGGUUGGAAGGACAAACGGUCGCAUCCGACGUACAACAUGACGUUCCCUCAAAAUGGCCCGUUCAACACCACGAAAAUUCUAGUUCCGGUGAAACCGUGUCCUUGGAUCUGCGAGCUGACCAAUGACGCUGGUUACGUCGUCUACAGUGCACUGGGUUCCUUCUAUAUACCGAUGCUGGUCAUGCUGUUUUUCUACUGGAGAAUAUACAACGCUGCUGUAUCCACGACGAAGGCCAUUAAUCAAGGCUUCCGUACGACAAAGGGCUCGAAAACUCUCGGCUCCAGGUUCGACGAACAAAGGUUGACCCUGAGGAUACACCGUGGCCGUGGUAGCGUCCACAACGGCAGCAACAACGGUAGCCCGAGGAGCCCGGAGUCGAAUAGUCGGUGCUCCGUGAAGAAGGAAAAGAUAAAGAUCUCGGUCUCCUAUCCGAGCACCGAGACCCUGAAUACGAAGUGUAACACACUCGAGAGAACGCCCUCGAGAUGCUCUCAGGUCUCGGUGCACUACAGCAACGGGCAGACGCAGAGCCAGCUCUGUCCAACUCCUAGAAGCACGCAUCUCAAGGUGGGCGGUAUCAACAGAGUAGGCAGCACCAGAAGGCCCAGCAGAAGAAGCAGUUGCGAAAGCCAGAUGACUGGGGACGAAGUGUCGUUGCGCGAGCUCGGGCCAGGCCCUGAGGACAAGCCCAGAACGGUGAAGAUGGGCAAGAGGAACAUAAAAGCUCAAGUGAGAAGGUUUCGCAUGGAGACAAAGGCGGCGAAGACGCUUGGCAUAAUCGUCGGCGGAUUCAUCCUCUGCUGGCUCCCAUUCUUCACGAUGUACCUGGUCCGCGCGUUUUGUCCUAAUUGCAUCCACCCGACCGUGUUCAGCGUGCUCUUCUGGUUAGGCUACUGCAACUCCGCGAUAAAUCCCUGCAUCUACGCCCUCUUCAGCAAGGAUUUUCGGUUCGCGUUCAAGAGGAUCAUCUGCAAAUGCUUCUGCAAACGGCAAACAGAUGGCACUCGACGCGGCAGCGACGGAAGUCAGUUGACCGUGAGAAACGACCGAAGCCCAAGUUAUUCGAUCCGAAUGCCCCAGCAGGGUGUCUCGAUCGACGACUCGGACCCGGACCCGAGCUCGGAACCGACGUUGCACUCGCAGAGCGAGUCCAGAUGACUGUAGCGCGUCAGGAGUGGCGCUCAGCGCGUCACCUUC